CGAAGGUGGACCCCACGUGACGAGAUGACCCGAAGCUGCUCUGCAGUGGGCUGCAGCACCCGAGACACCGUGCUGAGUCGCGAGCGCGGCCUCUCCUUCCACCAAUUUCCAACUGAUACGAUACAGCGCUCCAAAUGGAUCAGGGCUGUCAACCGUGUGGACCCCAGAAGCAAAAAAAUUUGGAUUCCAGGACCAGGUGCUAUACUGUGUUCCAGGCAUUUUCAGAAAAGUGACUUUGAGUCCUACGGUGUAAGAAGAAAGCUGAAAAAAGGAGCUGUGCCUUCACUUUCUCUACGCAAGGUUCCUCCAGGUGUACAUCUUACAGGUAAAGCAAGUCAGAACAUCCAAAAACAGCCACUUCUAGAUGAUUCUGAAGAGGUUGCUACUGAAGACCAUAACUACAGUUUAAGAAAUCCCUGGACAGUAGGUGCAGAGAAACUGGCUGAGGUGCAACAAAUGUUACAAAUGUCCCCAAAAAGAAUUGUCACUGUAAAAAACUACAGAAUGAUCAAGAGGAGAAAGGGCUUGCAAUUAAUUGAUGCGCUUGUAGAAGAAAAACUACUUUCUGAAGAAACAGAGUGUCUGCUGCGAGCACAGUUUUCAGAUUUUAAAUGGGACUUAUAUAACUGGAAAGAAACAGCUGAGUACUCCACGGAAAUGAAACAGUUUGCAUGCACGCUAUACUUGUGCAGCAGUAAAGUCUAUGACUACGUCAGAAAGAUUCUUAAGCUGCCUCAUGCUUCCAUCCUCAGAACUUGGCUGUCCAAAUGCAAGUCCAGUCCAGGCUUCAAUAGCAACAUUUUUUCUUUCCUCCAACAAAAAGUAGAGAGUGGAGACCAGCGCUAUCAGUAUUGCUCAUUGAUAAUAAAAGGCAUACCUCUCAAGCAGCAGCUCCAGUGGGAUCCCAGCAGCCAGAGUCUGCAAGGGUUUAUGGACUUUGGUCUUGGGAAACUUGAUGCCGAUGAAACGCCACUGGCCGCAGAAACUGUUCUGUUAAUGGCAGUGGGUAUUUUUGGUCAUUGGAGAGUGCCUCUUGGUUACUUUUUUGUAAACCGAGCAUGUGGAUACUUGCAAGCUCAGUUGCUUCGUCUGACUAUUGGCAAACUGAGUGAUGUAGGGAUGACCGUCCUGGCUGUUACAUCUGAUGCUACAGCUCACAGUGUCCAAAUGGCUAAAGCCUUGGGAAUACAUAUGGACGGAGAGAACAUCAAAUGCACGUUCCAGCAUCCUUCGUCUUCUAGCCAACAGAUCGCAUACUUCUUUGAUUCUUGCCACUUGCUGAAGUUAAUAAGAAAUGCAUUUCAGAGCUAUCAAAGCAUUCAGUUCAUUAAUGGAGCAGCACAUUGGCAGCACCUUGUAGAGUUGGCCCUACUAGGUGAACAGGAAUUAGCACGUAUGCAAGGAAUCUCAAGUAAACUCGCAAACUUGAAAAAUCAUGUACUGAAAAUGAAUUGUGCUGCCCAACUCUUUAGUGAGAAUGUAGCCAUUGCAUUGGAAUAUUUGCUGUCAUUAGGUCUGCCUCCUUUUCAAAACUGUAUCGGUACCAUUCAUUUUUUACGCUUAAUUAGCAAUCUGUUUGACAUUUUUAAUGGUAGGAACUGUUACGGAAAGGGAUUUAAGAGACCCCUAUUGCCUGAAACUUUUAGUGAAAUAAAUCAUGUAUUAAUUGAAGCCAAGACUAUUUUUCUUACACUGUCUGACAAUAGCAAUAAUCAGAUCAUUAAAGGUAAACGAAAACUAGGAUUUCUGGGAUUUUUGCUUAACGGGGAGAGCCUAAAAUGGCUCUACCAAAAUUAUGUUUCUCCAAAGGUUGUGCCUUUUUCAUAUCUUCUGACGUACAAGUUCAGUCAGGACCAUGUAGAGUUCUUUCUAAAUACGCUUAGGCAAAUGUUGGUAACCAGUUCUAGCCUUACCUGCAUGGCUUUCCAGAAAGCGUACCAUAACUUGGAGAGCAGAUACAGAUUUCAAGAUGAAGUUUUCCUAAGUGAAGUAAGCAUCUUUGACAUUUCAAUUGCUCAGAGGAAAGAUCUGGCCCUUCGGACAGUUGAACGUCAGUAUGGUGGCAGUGUCAUAAAUUCUCUCUUUCACAAAGAGGAUAUUUGCCAUGACUGGUCUGAUUGCUCCCUCAGCGAGGCCUUACUAGACCUGUCAGAGCACAGGCAAAGGCUCAUCUACUGUGCUGGGUACGUUGCAGAUAGGUUGUCAGUUCUUUUGCUGUGUGAAGACUGCAUCGGUGCACUGUAUGCGUCGGAUCCCAAGGCCCCCAAAACUGGGUCACUAUUAUGUGUUAAAAAGAAAAAUGGGUUUCAUUUGCCUUCAGAAAGCCUCUGUAGGGUCAUUCAUAUUUGUGACCAAGUUGUAAGAACUCAUUCAAGAAAGGCGAUUUUUGAACUAGUUCCUGAACAGAGGGAACUGUUUCUUCAACAGAAAAUACUCCAUGAGCUUUCUGGGCACUCUUACCUUUUCGUAGAUUUAGAUGAGCAUCUUUUUGAUGGAGAAGUGUGUGCCAUCAACCACUUUGUAAAGUUGCUAAAGGAGAUAAUAAUCUGUUUCUUAAAUAUGAGAGCUAAUGACGUAGCUCAGUACUCCUUAAGGCAUCAUUCAGAAAGACUUGAAAUGAAAGCUUCGCCAAGGAAACACUGGUCAUUUUUACAGGAUUAUGGAUGUUCCAAGUUUCACCAAUACCAAUAAAUCCGGGCCUUUACUCCAUAACAGUGGGUAUCCAUUCAAAUGAGAAACCUAAAAUAUGUUCACAUUUUUAUUAAAGCUCACUUUAUCACAUUUUAUAAAUUGAUUGUUCUGCACAGUGGACAAUUUUGGAAUUCUGAUUUAAUGCAUAUCAUAAAAUGUGCUCAUGUGGACUGCAAGGUUUCUGAAUUUUCUAAACUGUAGGAAGUAGUUAAGUGUAGUAUUAGACCACCACCAAAACGCUACCUUAAAAGUUCUGUAAAAUUGAUUCAUGUGACUGAAAAACUUGGAGACCCCCAAGCACCAAGUCCUUUUACAAACAGACUGUAUUUCCUAAAGUAGCUUUUGUUUACAGUUCUUAAGUACACUGAGUGCCUCAUAUGGUAGUGCACACUUGUAAUCCCAGCACUGGAAAGCUGAGGCAGGAGGAUCACCAUGAGUUUGAG